AUGCCUUCCAGCAUUCCCUACGACCCCAGCCUGUCUCUGGGCGGCGUCAUCAACAUAAAGGCUCUGCGGGUUUUAGAGGACAUUUCGAACGAGCAGGCGCCGGUGGAUGCGGCACAGGAGCACUUGAACUCGCUCAUCAUGUCGAAGCGGAGCAUCGACAUGACGCGGACGGAGCUGUCGAACCUGGGCAUCGACACAUGCGACCUGGACAUGGAGAUUGAGCGGCUCAAUGGGGAGGUGCAGCGGUCGGCCGUGGAAUAUGCCAAGACCAAGAUUCGGGCGGAGGCCAAGAUUAAGGACUUGCGCGGAAAAGUCCGGACCGUACACACGCAGGUGGAGAGCCCGGUGGACUUUGUCAAGUCGCAGAUUAAGACGAUGCCGCUGUCAGCAGACUCGCUCAACAUGGACGUGCAGUACUUCACGUUGGACGACAACACGCAGAACGCGAAAUCGGAAGCGACCAAGGCGGGUGCUUACGCGUCAUCCAUCUCCAAGUUCGUGGCCAAGUCGACGUGCUGGAUGGGUGGUGAGGCAUCGCGGCAGAUGAGCCGAUCAGCACAGACGCAGGUGCACGAGCAGAUGAGCCGACACCGCAUCAUGGGUACGCUGGUCAUCUCAGCAUCGUGCACGCACAAAAAUGCGUCCAUCAUGGCGCCGCUGGGCCUUGACGUUGACAAGGGCAUCAAGGUAUGGAAUCGGCUUUUCCCUGGAGACCGGCUCGAUGUGACAAAUCGUCGUUGCAUGGUAGACCUGGCUCAUCAGAUGCCCAUAGUUCGUCCUGGAGGCCCCUGCGAGAACAAGUUCAGCAUUAUCUCGGGCAUGACGUUCGGGUCUAGCCUCGUUGGCAUGGUGCACAUCCUCAACAGCUCGACGACCAACGUGUCCGAGAGGCUCUCAAGCAUGGUCGAGACGUUGCAGGGUCAGAUGGACGCCGGCGCGUGGUUCCAGCGCUGCAAUGGUGGCUUCGGCGUGACGGAUACGAUCGCCAAUGAUGUCAAGAGUAUCAUCAGCUCGCACCAAGUCACGUCGCACGUCACCAUGGUCAGUAUGGGCACGAUUCCGUCGCUCGUGGCCAACGAGGUCAAGAUCGGCGUCGACAAAUUUGCCCAAUUCGAUCCCAAGUCGUCGCUCGAGGCCAUCGCGUCCAUCCACAACGCAACUGCCGCUGAUCAGGGUACCAUCAAGCAGGCCGCCGAUGCUGCCCGCAUCGGCCAGCAGAUGGUCACGCUCAAGGCCGGCGAAAUCAAGGCUGCCCUGACCGCCCUCUCUGAGAUUGAUGACGGCGCAAACAAGAUGCUCGACAUCAACUCCAUGAUGACCGCCCUUGAGGAUUACCUGCGCAAAGCCGCCGAAGGCUCCGCCGGUGUCCCUCUGACCUACUUCCUCAAGGAUGUCACCAAGGACAUGCUCGCCGAAUUGUGGGUCGCCAAGUACUUCCCCGGCGAGUAUCUAGUCAUCUGCUGCGAUGACGACGACCGCCACGAACGGGGGAAGGACAGGGGCCGGAACACCCACCUUCUCGGCUCUUCUAGCACUGCUGCCGCUGCUUCCGCAACGGCCUCUAGUAGCUCUUCUUCCGGUCCUACUCAAGGAAAUGGUAACUAUCGCUUUUCUGCGGGUGCGGGGGCUGCUGCUACUGCCUUAGGGGGUGAGGUGCUGAUGAGAGAAUGA